AUGGCUGGACAAAGUGUUAUCAUCAUCAGUCUCUUUGUUCUCCUUCUUCUUGCUUCUUCCUCUGCUGCUACUGAGGUUUUGGCUGAUGCGUCAAUAUACAACGUCUUAGACUUUGGAGCCAAAGGCGAUGGCAACACCAAUGACACUCUAGCGUUUGUAAAUGCAUGGAAUGCAGCAUGUCACAAGAGCACGACACCCUCCACCUUGCUGAUUCCGGCAGGGAAGACAUUUUUGUUGUCUUACAUCGAUUUCGAAGGACCUUGCAACAACUUCAUUUCCGUAACGAUUGAUGGAAACCUUAAACGGACAAACGAAAUAUGGCAAGAAGUUUUCGGCUGGCUGCUUUUCAGUCAAAUCAAUGGCAUAAAAAUCUCCGGCUCCGGUGAGCUCGACGGCCAAGGGACAGAGUGGUGGUCAUGCAAAGAGAAAAACCAAUGUCCAGAGGAUGGGCCCAAUAGUCUACAUAUGUUGAGUUGCACUGAUGCACAGAUUUGGGGGCUGAGGUCGAUCAACAGCGUGAUGAUGCACAUAUCGGUGGGGAGGAGCAAGCGAGUCGAUAUCAGAGACAUCACCAUCGUCGCCCCCGACGAGAGCCCCAACACUGACGGCAUCCACGUCCAGCAAAGCCAAUUUGUGAGCAUCAGAAACUCCAUAAUUGGGACGGGAGAUGACUGUGUGUCACUGAGCGAAGGUGCUGAGGACAUUACUAUACGUAAUGUAAAAUGUGGCCCUGGCCAUGGAAUAAGCAUUGGGAGCUUGGGCAAAAAAGGGUCCCGGGCAACAGCAUCCAACAUCCAUGUCUCCAACUGCACCUUGACCAAAACAACCAAUGGAGUCAGGAUCAAGACAUGGCAGGGAGGUUCUGGCUUUGCGAGCAACAUAUCGUUUGUGGAUAUCACCAUGAAUGACGUGCGCUAUCCCAUUAUUAUAGAUCAGUACUAUUGUCCUCACAGCGAAUGCGAUGCCCAAGCAUCAGCAGUAGAAGUGAGGGAUGUGAAAUACAUUGGAGUGACAGGAAGCUCAACGAGAGAAGUAGCAAUCGCUCUGAAUUGCAGCCAAAGUGUGCCUUGCAGUGGCAUCGUCAUGGACAGUGUGAAUCUGUGGAGUUCAAAUGAAGGAGAAGAGGUGCGGUCUCACUGCAUCGGUGCCGAUGGAUAUGCGAUGAAUCAAGUCACGCCUGCUGUUUCUUGCCUGACCCAGAGAAACCUUGCUACCUAG